AAGGCGGAGCGUUUUUCAGCCAUGUCCGCAUCUGUGCUGCUGAACGGACUCUCCGUACAAAAUCCACAAUGGAGUUACCAGAGACCCUGAGAAAACGCCUGGAAGACUUUUCUCGAAAUGUUUUAUUUGACCCAAACCGGAGCCCCGCCGCCACGAAAGACCCCGAGCCUUUUCUGCUAAACGAUGAACGGGUUCUGUCCAGUCUCCAGCUCCAAAUGUCCCUGUAUUUUAACAUGUGGUUCUUUCCGUUUUGGUGGAUCAGUGAAAUUGUAAUGCUGAAUCUCAAGUAUCCCUCUUUGUCAGAAUACUACAAGUUCAUCCUGGUGACUAUUCUCAUUGUAAUGACUUGUAUUGAAGCCAUUCGUCUGUAUCUGGGUUACUCUGGAAACCUGCAAGAAAAGGUUCCAGAGUUGGCAGGUUUUUGGCUGUUGAGUAUUCUGCUGCAGCUGCCCUUGAUUCUCUUCCAACUUUUUAACGAAGCGAUUCUAAUACAACCACUGGAAAGAGGAGUUCAUAUAGUUCUUUCCAUAUUUAUACUAACACAGGCUCUUGCUGGUUUCAUCGCACUCCAGGACCUCGUCAGACACACGGAGAGCCAGUUUCAUCUCAGACAAUUCAACUGAACUAUUAACCCUGCUAAAUAUGUUGCCUUAAUGUAAAUGUAGAAAAUGCAGUAUGUGAUGUUGAGUGUAUGAAUUAAAUUUUGUAUCAGAGUUUUUUGUAUGUGUGCAAAAUAAAACGAAAAACUUA